UCCAUUUAUUAGCUUGUAAACUGGUGAAAUUGUCUAAAAAUACUUGUAAUAUGGACUCCAUUCAAACGUUAUACGGCAAGUGCCGUUGCUGUCUGAAGGCAGGCGAGCAUCGCGACGUUCUUAAAGAAUAUCACUGCGAUGGAACUCGCGAAGUAUACUUCGAUAUAUUCCUGGAAUGUUUCAAUGUUUUUCUCUCAACAUCAGGUGACAGUUGUAACCUGAUUUGUGUGAACUGUAUCCAGAGAUUGCGAGACGCCAAUGACUUCCGCAAAAUGGUGGUUGAGGCAGAGAAGCAACUGCAAUCAGUGAAAGAUCCCCCAGACCUCGAGGUAAAACAAGAAGGUUUAGAAGUGAAGCAGGAGCCCGCAGAUGAUCAUGACUACAUGGACACAGACAACAAAGACUUUGAUCCCGACAACGACGACACUCUUGCCCGCGACGAAGCUCGCCUCUUGGCUCGAUUCCCGACUCUGCGCGCUCUGCCCACCAGGGAUACACUGUAUGAUGUGUGCCCUCGAUACGUGAUGCAUCUCGACAUGUUGAGGGGAAAGAAAACUCGCUCAAAAGACAUAGAAGAACUACUAAAACUGGAGGCUGAAAUGGAAACCAAGCAGAAAAGCGACCAACGCUACGUCACCGAGAAAGCCGCUCACAUCCACAACGCACAGCUGAUUUUGGAGCACUCGAAUGUUACUGCUUUCAAGGGUAAAAGUAGAGUUGGACUACCCUGUUUCUACUGCAAAGACAUCUUCGACAACAUAAAAGAAUUAAGAACACACCAAAAAGAACACAAGAAAAGUGACAUGAAGAAAUCCCUGAAUUCCCUAAGCCCUUACUGUAUUAUUAUAAAUGUGGACAUAACAGACUUAAAGUGUACCUUAUGUGACUCUAGCUUAAAUACUUUAAAAGACUUUAAGUGUCAUCUAGAAUCAAAACAUAGUAAAAAGUUUUACACCGAGUACGAAGACAGAGUAAUACCAUUCAAAGUACCUAUGGAUAAUAAUCAUAUUUGCCAAAUAUGUGGUUUGAAGUUUGAGACUUUAGGAUCAUUAGAAAGACAUAUGAACGGACAUUUUAGAAAUUAUAUAUGUGAUGAGUGCGGGGCGGGGUUUGUAACUAGCUAUAGAUUAAAAAUGCAUAUGAAAACUAUGCACGUCGAAGGUACUUUCCAAUGUGAAACUUGUAAAAAGGUGUUUUCGUCACAUCAGAAGCAUAAAAGUCAUGUAGAUACAGUGCAUAAAAUGAUAAAGCGCUUUAAAUGUACUAAAUGUUCAGAGCGGUUCACGGAUUAUUUUAAACGACAUCAACAUUUAGUUGAAAAACAUGGUCAAGCCGAAUUACAAUAUAAAUGUAAUGUUUGUGAUAAAGUAUAUGCAAGGAGAUACAUGCUAUCUCGACAUAUGAAGCGAGACCAUUUGGAAGAGCGCUAUUUUCAAUGUGAGAUAUGUAGUAAUAAAUUCUUUGCUCAGCGAGAUUUGGAAUCGCAUAUGGUUAAGCAUACGGGGGCUAGGAUUUUUGAAUGUGCGGUGUGUAAAAAAGCAUAUGCGAGGAAGAAAACGUUGACUGAACAUAUGAGAAUACAUAAUAAUGAUAGGAGAUUUUCUUGUACGGUUUGUGGGCAGGCUUUCGUACAGAAUUGCAGUUUGAAAGGGCAUAUGAAGACCCAUCAUCCUGAGUAUGUAAGCUUUGGAGAAAAAUGAAGUUUGGUGAAAAUUGUUGUUACUAUGUAUUGGAUAUAUUUAUUUAUGUAUCUGCUAA